GUGACGGUGGAGCGCGCGGGCGAGUGCGAGGCGAGCGAGGGCCAGAGCCGCGCGCCCGAGGGCGAGGACGAGGACGCGUGCCAGCGCGCCGCCGCCGAGCCGCGCGUCAUCGACCGCCCGCUCUUCUGCGCCAGCGACGGCCGCACCUACUACAACCACCGCCACUACGCGUGCGCCGUGCAGCGCGACGGCGACUGGUUCCCCUACCGCAUCGUGCGCCUGAACAUGCCGUGCGAGGCGGCCGACACCCCCUGCGAGCGCCUGCGCCUGGUGCCCGACGCCCUGCGCGUCGACCCCGUGUGCGCCAACGACGGCAUCACCUACGCCAGCCCGCUCGCGCUCAUGUGCGCCAUGGCCAACAACGAAGGGCUGAAGAGGCACCAUCGAGGGCAGUGUCUGUCCGAAUCGGAGGAAGAAGGAGGCCAUGGACACGAUCACGGGGGCGGAGGAGGCCACCAGGGUGGCGACGCAGGCUCGCAGGGAGACAACAACAGCAACAACAGCAACAACGGCAGCGGCGGAAGCGACCCGGGCGGCAACAGCAACGGGAAUGGCGGCGGGGACGGGGGCACCCCAGGGGACAACACGGGAGCUGGCAGCGGAGGCACAGACGCGGGAGGCGAUGACUACGACGACAACCAAGAAGCUGGAGGGAACGGCACCAACCAAAGUCAAAACCAGGAGCCUCAGGGGCCGCCGGGGUCUGAGGGGGCCCCGGAGUCCACGGAAUCCCCGGAGACGUCGGGGUCGCCGGGGUCGUCGGGGUCUCCUGAACCCGAGGGGUCGCAGGAUCCCCAGCCGAAGCCUCCGGCGGAGAACCCACGCAAGGACGACGCCGAAGAGCUGGACUUAAGCAGAGAGCCGCGAUAA